UGGCGGGGAGCCGCACGGGGAGCAGGGCCCAGCCACCCGCCCACAGAAUGCCUGAGGGACCCGAGCUGCAUCUGGCCAGCCGCUUCGUGAACGAGGCCUGCAGGGGCUUGGUGUUCGGCGGGUGUGUGGAGAAGUCACCCGUCAGCCGCAACCCUGAGGUGCCCUUUGAGAGCAGUGCGUACUGCAUCUCAUCCUUGGCCCGUGGCAAGGAGCUGCGCCUGACCCUGAGCCCCCUGCCUGGGGCCGAGCCCCCACGGGGGCCACUGGCUCUGGUCUUCCGAUUCGGCAUGUCUGGCUCCUUCCAGCUGGCGCCCCGGGAUGCGUUGCCGGCCCAUGCCCACCUGCGCUUCUACACAGCUCCCCCCGGUCCCCCACUCGCCCUCUGCUUCGUGGACAUCCGCCGCUUCGGCCACUGGGACCUCGGGGGCGAGUGGCAGCCCGGCCGCGGGCCUUGUGUCUUGCUGGAGUAUGAGCAGUUCAGGGAGAACGUGUUACGAAACCUAGCGGACAAGGUCUUUGACCAACCCAUCUGCGAGGCCCUCUUGGACCAGAGGUUCUUCAAUGGCAUUGGCAACUAUCUUCGGGCAGAGAUCCUGUACCGGCUGAGGAUAUCCCCCUUCGAGAAGGCCCGCAAGGUUCUGGAGGCGCUGCAGCAGCGCAGGCCGAGCCCGGAGCUGACUCUGAGCCAGAAGAUCAGGGCUAAGCUGCAGAACCCAGACCUGCUGGAACUGUGUCACUCCGUGCCCAAGGAAGUGGUCCAGCUGGGGGGCAAAGGUUACGGGCCAGAGAGCGGGGAGGAGGACUUUGCCGCCUUUCGAGCAUGGCUUCAGUGCUAUGGCAUGCCCGGCAUGAGCUCCCUGCGGGACCAUCGUGGUCGGACCAUCUGGUUCCAGGGGGAUCCGGGACCCCUGGCACCCAAAGGAGGCAAGUCCUGCAAGAAAUCCAAGGGAGCACAGCAGGGGCCUGAGCACAGAAUGGAGGACCCUCUCCUUCCAAGCACGGCCCCUCCCGGGACAUGCGGGGCUCGCAGAGGCCCUCCUGAGCAAAGUAGAGCAGAGCAGCCUGAGGGCACCAGCCUCCAGCAGGGCCCAGAGGCCCCCCGAGUCCCUGAGAAGGCAAAAAGGAGGAGGCGACCAGCAGCCGCAGGCCACCGCGGACCCCGAAGGAUCAAGGCGGACACCCCAUCCUUGGAGAAUGAGGGGACAGCAGCCUCCUAA